AUGAGGGGUUUUGUUCUCAGUUUAGCUUUGAUAUAUCUGCUUACCUGGACCCAAGCCGACAAACAGACUCACCUCAAGCGGGUGCAACUGCGCCGACGCUUUCAGGGACGUUUGCGCCCUGGAUAUACUUCGCCAAUCUCGGUGCACAGCAACAAGAACGCACAAAAUGUGCAGGCAGACGAGGCGAUUCCGCUUACCUCCAGGUCGGGGAACCUGGAGGGAGCCAAGAGAGCAGGAGGCCGGUUGCGAAGGAUAGGGACGAAUGGACAGAUUGGCUUGUCCCGUCAACUGACAGAUGAAGGUACUCCAGGAGCCAGAGCCAGAGUUACCCGCAUGCCCAGCAGCGCCGGGUCACCAAAUCUGCUGGCCAGCUUUGCAGGAAAAAACCGAGUCCUCGUUAUCUCGGCGCCCCAUGACUCAGACGGCUACUACCGACUGAUGAUGUCACUUCUGAAGCCAGAUGUCUACUGCGAGCUGGCAGAAAGACACGUCCACCAAAUAGUCAUGUUUCAUCAAGAAGGAGAGAUGGGAGGCAAGGUCCGGAGAAUCACAACAGAGGGGAAAGUGAUGGAGGAGCCACUAGAUACUGCACUCAUCCCCAGACUAAUGAGCUUCCUAAAACUAGAGAAAGGCAAGUUUGGAAUGGUGCUUCUGAAGAAAACCCUGCAGGUGGAAGAGAGAUAUCCCUACCCUGUGAGGCUGGAGGCCAUGUAUGAGGUCAUUGACCAGUCACCCAUGAGGAAGCUCGAGAAGCUUCGCCAGAAAGGCUUCAUCCAGAAGUGUAAAGGAGCAGGUGUGGAGGGACAAGUGGAAGAAGGCACACUUGCAGUUCCUGACACACCUACAAUAAAACUAAACUCAAAUAGCAAAACAACCCGACCUACUACAACCACCACCAGAACAACAACUAAACAACCAACCACAACUACUACCACUACAACAACAACAACAACAACAGCAACCCAGCCCACGACCACCACUACGACUACUACAACAACCAGAGCAACAACAACUACAACGACAACCAGAAAACCAACCACCACAAAAAGGCCCACUACUACCACCACUAAGAAAACGACCAGAGCUCCUACCACAGCCCUGUGGCUCCCACUGCCAAGAACUACCGCUGAUCCAUACUACUACAACCACAGAGAGAGGGAACGGUACCCAUUGAAAACCACCCCAGCUGGAGAUAACCGCACUGACAAACUCAACAGAGAUCCACACAGCCGCAAGCUACCCAUCACACAUAGACUCCCAAAGACCAAACCCACCAAGAAGAAGAACGGUGGAGACAAGGUGUUGACUAACGAGUACGAAGACAAGUAUGAGCCUAGCAAGCCAACAGCAAGCAAUCCAGAGGAGCCAGAAGUUAUCACUGUUAUCACUCCUACCAGGAAGGGAAAGCACGAUAAGCAUGACAAGAAGAAGAAAAAGAAUGACAAGGGUGCCAAGAAAGCCGACAGAAGAGGAAAGCCAGGGAAGGAGGGAAAGAUCGGGGGAAAGAAAAAUGGAAAGAAGGCGUCAAAGUACCCGGAGAAAGUGGACUAUCCAAAGCCCACUAAAAAGCCAACGCCACCACCAAAGGGUGCCCUUGCCUCCUUUCUGGAUUACUUUGAAAACAGGAGGCGGCUGCUGCUGAUUACAUCCCCCAGUGAGGAGAUCAGUAUGUAUGUUCAGCAGAGGGAUGAGUACCUGGAGUCUGUGUGUGAGAUGGCCAUCAGGAAAGUCUCUAUCAUAACUAUUUUUGGCUCUUUGACCAACUCCACCAUGAAAAUCGACCACUAUCAGAUAGAGAAUGACAAGCCUAUGAAGGGCCUUCGUCAAGAAGACCUGGUGAACCAGGAUCUGAUCACAGAGCUGAGGAAAGAGUUUGGCAUGACCUACGAGGAGUUCCACAUGGUCCUCACAGACACUGACAUGAGAGUCAAGCAAUCCUAUGAGGUUCCCAUUGCCAUGAAGGCUGUAUUUAACUACAUCGACACCUUCUCCUCCCGAAUCCGAGAGAUGGAGCAGCAGAAGAGAGAUGGAGUGGUCUGUAAGAAGGAAGACAAGCCCAGAUCUUUGGAAAACUUUCUCUCCAGGUUCCGAUGGAGACGUCGCCUGUUCAUUAUCUCCGCUCCCAACGACGAGGAGUGGGCCUAUCAGCAGCAGCUCUACGCCCUCAACAGCCAAGCCUGCAAUCUGGGCCUGAGGCACAUCGCCAUUCUGAAGCUGGUUGGCACAGAGUUGCCAGAUAUGGGCGGAGUCUUGGAGCUCUAUCCUAUCAAUGGGAGUGCUACCGUGGAGCGUGAAGGGCUCUCUGCUACCCUCGUGAAGGACAUGAGAAACUACUUCCAAAUCAGCCCAGAAUACUUCUCCAUGCUGCUGGUGGGGAAGGAUGGCAAUGUCAAGUCCUGGUACCCCUCACCCAUGUGGUCCAUGGCCAUUAUCUAUGACCUGGUAGACUCUAUGCAGCUCCGCAGACAGGAGAUGGCCAUCCAGCAGUCACUUGGCAUGCGCUGCCCUGAAGAUGAAUAUGGUGGCUAUGGUUACCAUCAACAUGGAUACGAACACGGUUAUCAGGAUGGCUAUCACCAGGGGUAUGGUUACUAACAGGUGUGUGCUUUCCAAUGAUGCACACUGGCCUGCAGCUGGUCCUUGGUGCUACCUUCCUUUGGCCCAAAACCUUUUUGUGUCUUUCCCAUCUCCCACCGGGCGGUUGACACAGACGAGUAUUUUGUAGCACUUAGUGAAGGGAAGAAAAAUGCUUUCACAUAUCCAGUUCUUUAACAUUCCCUAUAUAGCAUAGUACGCUGCUUUAUAAUUAGCAGCGUCAGAUCUGGUUAGUCAGUAAAUUUAUGGAUGAACCUGAAGGUUCAGAGAUGAAUUGCGUACUUUAGUUUUUGCCGGGUUUUUUUUGUUUGUUUGUUUCAACUUAAAACAUUAUUGGAUCGUCUGUCAUCUCUAGCUGGCUUUUUUAGGUCAGACUUACAUAGUUUCAGCACACACGUUGAUUUUGUAGAUAAUAGAACAUAUUUAUUGGACAUCUGUUGCAUUUGAAGUGCAGUUACCAAUAAUAUUAUUAAAAGCAUCACAUUAUUUCUCUUUUGUAAAGUUUCUGUUGCUAUACAUUGUUUCUAUUUAUACUCUGUUUCUAUAUGGCUAUAUGAAAAUAAACAUUUGACAAACA